CUAAAAAAAAAAUUCAAAACUCAUUUCCAAAAUCUUACUCUUUUGACAGACAAUCAGAGGUUCUUCUUCUUCUCAAAAAUCAUCUUCUACAAACUCAGAUUAAAUGGGUUGCUACAGCAGUAAGAACCUAAAACAAUCAAAAAGAACCAUUCUUGAGAAACCAUUCGUUGACAUCACAAAGAUUUACAUCCUCGGUGAUGAAUUGGGUCAAGGCCAAUUCGGUAUAACUCGAAAAUGCGUUGAGAAGUCAACUGGUAAGACUUACGCCUGCAAAACCAUUCUCAAGACGAAUCUAAAGAACCAAGAAGAUGAAGAAGCCGUGAAGAGAGAGAUUCGUAUUAUGAAGCAUUUGUCUGGAGAACCAAACAUCGUCGAGUUCAAGAAAGCUUACGAGGACAAAGAUUCUGUACAUAUUGUGAUGGAGUUUUGUGGUGGUGGAGAAUUGUUCAAAAAGAUCGAAGCUUUGUCCAAUGCUGACAAGUUUUACUCUGAGAAAGAUGCUGUUGGAAUCAUUAGACCGAUUGUGAAUGUUGUGCAGAUUUGCCAUUACAUGGGUGUGAUGCAUCGUGAUCUAAAGCCUGAGAAUUUCUUGCUCUCGAGUACCGAUGACAAUGCUAUGCUCAAAGCUAUUGACUUUGGGUGUUCUGUCUUCAUCCAAGAAGGAGAAGUAUACCGGGAUUGCGUUGGGAGUGCUUACUACGUUGCUCCUGAAGUGUUACAGGGAAAUUACGGGAAAGAAGCCGACAUUUGGAGUGCAGGGAUUAUAUUGUACAUCCUACUCUGCGGCAAACCUCCCUUUGUGACAGGUUCAAACUUUAAGCUAACUGGAUUCUUCUUCUUCUUGGUGUUUGAUUUGUUAUUUAUAUGUAUCUAUUGUAUGUAUAUUGUAGAACCUGAGGCAAAAAUGUUCAAUGAGAUUAAGAGUGCCGAAAUCGACUUCCACAGCGAACCAUGGCCUCUUAUAGAUAGGAAGGCAAAACAUCUUGUCAUGAAGAUGCUUACUAGAAACCCCAAGGAACGAAUCUCUGCUGCAGAGGUUCUUCGACAUCCUUGGAUGAAAGAUGGAGAAGCUUCGGAUAAGCCUAUUGAUGGCGUUGUUUUAUCCCGAUUGAAGCAAUUUCGAGAUAUGAACAAGCUUAAGAAGGUAGCUCUAAAGGUUAUUGCAGCAAGUCUAUCAGAAGAGGAAAUCAAAGGUCUUAAAACACUGUUCACCAACAUUGAUACCGACAAAAGUGGCACAAUAACUGUUGAAGAACUCAAAACAGGUCUAACUAGACUUGGAUCUAACAUCUCUAAAACCGAAGUGGAGCAACUCAUGGAAGCCGCUGAUGUGGAUGGUAAUGGAACAAUCGACAUAGACGAGUUUAUCUCUGCCACGAUGCAUAGAUAUAAACUGGAUCGAGAUGAUCAGGUGUACAAAGCAUUCCAACACUUUGACAAAGACAACGACGGGCACAUAACGAAGGAAGAGUUGGAGAUGGCGAUGAAGGAGCAUGGCGUGGGAGAUGAAGGUAGCAUCAAACAAAUCAUAACCGAAGUAGAUACCGAUAAUGAUGGAAAAAUAAACUUUGAGGAAUUCCGCACAAUGAUGAGAAGUGGCAGCAACUUGCAGCCACAAGGGGAGCUUCUUCCAAUCAAGUGAAUCAUAGUAUGCUCUUGUUCUUGUGUGUAAAGUGUAACCCAUAAUAACGGUUUAGGAAGAAGAGCUAAACCGGAGAAAAUCAAAGUGAGAUUAAUUAAUUAGUUUGAUGUGUUGAAACUCUCUAGUCUUGUCUUUGGCUUCUUGUAAGUUGAAGUAAUGCACUUUCUUGUAUAAUCACUUUAAAAAGUCAUUCUUUUGGUA